UCGUACGACAGCGAAUGGGGCAUUCGUAGAGUCGUCGGACGUUUAUGGGACAGUCGUAGAGUCGUCGUGCAGACCUCAGCUGUUUUGUGAAGAAAACCUUUGUCGUUGAUUCUUAAUGACCAUUGCUUCUGUCAUAUAAAGCAUCCACAUAAAAACCGUACGGCGCUAGACUGUGCCUUUAGUCACUUGUUUGUUUCAAGUACACGUACAUUUUCGGUAUGCAUCCAUAAAGGCUUGCAGGAUAACAACCACAGGGCUUGUUUGGACGUGGCCAUACCGUGUCAGCUGGUCCCACACUCCACUGCGAACAGUGAAAGAACAAUGACGAAACUCUGACGCGAACAGAUCGGAAAACAAAACAUGCAGGCGUACACGGAGAGUGUGUUUGCAGCUAUGGACCCAGCGGCCCGGAUCCGGUGGCUCGGCGGGCAGUGUGCGGAGUUCGAGCGGCGGUUACAGGACGCGGUGCCCCCGGAUCUCGUUCCCAGGUUCCGGGCAGGGCUGGAGGAGCUGGUGGUGACCUGGGAACGAGAACACGGCCAGACCGGUGAAGGAAUAGACGGUGUUACACAACUCAGGGAGCUGCGAGACUGGGCAGUCUCAAACGGAAAGCCGUCGCCAGUCAUAGAUGAAUUCCUCGCCACGCACACAAAAUUUUCAAUCCUACAAGAAGAUUUCCGAGAGGGCAUCCUGAAACCGCUUAAGGAGGGCUUCCCAAAACAUUCCUGUAAGAAAGUAAGAAAGGUUGAGAAGAAGCUGACAACAAUCUUGUCGUCGUGGAAAGACCUUCUUAAAAAAUCGCCCAAAGUCAAAGACAGGACUGUUCAAAGAACACCUACAGAAAAGAAAGAAAGCACAAAUGAUGGUUUUGAGGGUCUCAUACCAGCGUUACAGGAAACGGCACAGCAGGCUUUAAAAUUAGCCAGAAAAUGGGGACGCCUGUUGGAGGACGAUGUAUUACAACAAGUUGCAGAUAAUUCUAUACAAACUCCUGAGGAAAACAAUCGCAUUCGACAUCCACUUGCCGUCGGCACGACAUCCACAGGGCAGGCGGGGCCGGUCUCUGUGGUGGGUACGAAUGAAGCUCACGGACGGGUGUCGUCUGCAAAAUACAGAGGCGAUGCUGGCUUCAGCAAAGGCAUCUCCGACCUGAAAACGGAGUUUGAACAAAUCCGACAGGACGCCUUGAUGUACGAGUACAGUUUGGAGAGAGAGAGGGCGGCACACAUCAAGAAAGAGCUAACGGGCAUGGAGUCGAGGAAACGGGAAAUCAAGCAGAAGCUUCAGGCAGAAAAGGCCACCGCUAAUUUUCUGACGCUCGGUGCGAACGUUGACCGGGUGAGAGACAGGGUGGGUCAGUUACAGACCGAACUGGCCCGGGUGAGCGCCAAGUAUGUGGAGACGGAGAAACGGCUACAGGAAUCGUCCGACAGGUCGGUGACCCUUGCCGCUGGCAUCCGACUGUGGAGUGAGAACAAGACGUCCAGAAGACUAGAACCGAUAAACCGCCGAGCGUCUUGUAAAAACAGCACAAAGAAAGCAGCACAGGGGGAAGGGAAAGCUUUAAGACUUUAAGGUUGUUUCAUGCUCGUUUGAUGCUUGUUUCUAUAUUUUCGGGAUAUCAGACUCGAGACUAUUAUAAGAAAUUCCAUCCAGUUUAUAUUAUGUGCUCCUGUGGAAUUGAUAGCUAUGGAAAUAACGUGGACAGUCGUCAUAUUGCAAUCUGAUCAUCUUACCGGACCACGAAAUGAUAACAUGUUAAGCAAGCUUAAGGUACUGUAGGCUCCGCCCCUAAGGCGUCGCCAAAAACGGCUGCCUAGAAUCUAGUUCUAAUGUACGAGGUUAACAAUUUAAUAAAGGCGUGUUGCCUUUGAUAUGAAAAUUGUAUUCUU